ACAAAGUGUAUGUUAGUUGCCUUUAUUUUAACAACAUCCCCAGUUUUCUUCAGACUUCUCAAGCUUGGAACUUAAAAAUAAGGGAACCAGUCCAAUGCAGCAGUUUCACUCCCUAGCCAGAGGAUGAUUGAUAACAUCUUGGCCAGGAGAAGUAUUCAACGGCUUGAAAAGAAAAGACAAACGGUCAAAAUGAUCAAAAAGCUGAAUGAAGAAAAAGUGUGUUUGGAGAAAAUGCUCCAGGAGUUACAAUUAGAAAAGAAAUCCUUUAGGCAUGAUUUCAAAGUGUCUCCUCGAGACAUGGAAAAUAAACGUACUCUACAGAAUCGAAUCCACUCUACAAUGGAGUGUUUGCCUGAACUAGAGGCCAGAGUCCAGAACCUCAGAGAGGAGCUUCAUAGAGAAGAUGAGAAGAAGCUAAGGCCUUACAUUGGAGAGUCCUUGUCAGUUGCUGCUGAGCCCUAUCAGCUACAAGAUAUGAAAAUGGUUCAAGAACUACUUGGUGAAAUGGUGGAAAAUCUGAUGGAUGACUACAUAAUACAUGUGCCUCAAGACAUACAACCAGAGUGUGAAAAGGAUAAACGAGUCAAGAUACUUGAGGAAAUGUCAUUUGAAAGAGCAGUUCAGCUCAUCAUGGAGCAGUUGGUUUUGGAGGUAACGUUUGAGAUGGCAAAGCAGCUGGGUCAGGAGACAUUCACUGACAAGAGCCCAAUGUGGACUUUAGGUUUUGACAUAAUCUUCAGAGCCACAGAAGAAGCAAGUAACACCAAGAAACAGAGAGAGAAAAAUCAAGAUGAUGUUCAAACCCAUUUUAUCCUACAACAAAUCAAAGUCCGAGAUCACCACAGGAAAGAAAUGUGGAAACACACACUGGAGGAGCAUACUAAGGAUGCAAAUGUGCAGAGAAUUGGCUAUAUUGAUGGAGAUUCAGUCCUGCAGUUUUGUCAUUGAAAUCAAUGGGAGCAGAACUGGACCUGGAGCAGUAGGCAUUAUAAAGGCAGCAUUUCCUAACAGUUACUGCAUGAUGCAUCUGACAUACCUCAGUUUUUCAACAGGGAGCCACUAUUCAGACCUCAUAGAACAGGAAAUGGUAACUGUGCUGUGCCUUUUGUGAGACAUGUUUUUAACGGUGACUGCUGAAUGGUGCACAGUAUCCCUGUACAUAUGCUUUUAACAACUAUUAAACUUCUUGAUGACAACAUUCAUAGAUCCAGUCCAUAGUUUUGCUUUUGUGUUAUGCAAAGGGCCAGAAUGUAAUUUAUUGCGAUAUCAGCACUUGAUGGGGAAGGUGACUAUGCUACCAUGGAGGCAGCUUUAUCCCACUUUCCAUGCUAGGUGUCCCUUUCACAAACCAACCUGAUGGGACCCAGGAGUAGUUAAAUUAAAAUCUGCAACAAAAGGCUUAAAAGCUAAAGUACAAUGCAUUCCCGUUUUAUUGUAAGAGGACACUUUUACAGGCAGCCAGGCAGACUCGUAUCAGCCUCCUUCCUGACACUGCAGAGUGGUAAGGUCUGCUGUUAGCAGUGAUAUUAUCAUCAACCGGUGGGACCAGGAGAGAGGCAUGUUUCAGUUCAACCCCAUUUCUACUAUAUUAAUUCAAAAAUACAUAUCUUAAGUCAAGACGUCUUUGGACUGACCAAACAUUAGUAGACUUGGUUAGUUCUGCAGCUGUGAACACUAUGUAAGUGCAUCAUUUCAGAGAAAUCCUUCAGCUUUAAUCUACAACAGAUGUUGUGGCAAGAGAGGCCAUGUCAGUCCAGUCUAAAAACAUGAAUAAAAAAGUAAUUAUUUCCCUCUGUACAUUUUGCAUUUUGCAAUUUCAUUUCAUUUGAAAUUUUUUACUGUAUUUAUUGGUUGUCUCCCUUAAUGUCUAGUAUGGGGUCCCCAGUGAUCGUGGUCAUUGAAGCAUUUUUUCCCAUUGCUAAUGGAUCUGUGCCUCAAGGAAAUGCGGUGGCGACUAGUGGUGGUUGGGAUUUGAAGAAUUACCCUCUUCUUUCAUCAUGUGGGUGGAGGAAAAACAGUGGCAUUUGCAAUGGAAACAUACCAUUGCUGUUCAACUAGUGCUUUGUUAAGCAAGACAGCAAAAGCAUCUGGUUCUCCAGAGACCACUGUUGUUCAAACCCUGGAAAAUGGUGCUGAUUGAGAAGCUUAUAAGAUAGAGAGGAAUGAAGUCAAAUUACAAAGAGAAGCAACAGAAAAGCAAAAUAUGACAUCAAGUAGUAAUUAGGUAAGGCCAACUACAAACAUACAAACCAACCUUAAUCAUGAAUAGUCCAUAAUAGUGCAACCUAAACUGAAUAUUGGGAACUCUUUCCUGUCAGUGAGAUCUGUUAGUCUGUGGAAGACUCAAGGGGAGUGAUUAUGUUAGACAUUUAAAUCCAGGCUAGCCAAAGUAAUAGAAAAUAUAUUGUAGGAUAUAAUCCUGGAGUAGUAAAGGUUGGAUUGAAUACCCGGAGCAGGCCUGUUUCAUCUCUAAUACCUUUGAACCAUGCCAAGUGUACCUAAGGAGACUAUAAUUUCAUUGAGGGAUUCUGAUGACAUUUAUGAUGCACCAAUGUACUCAAGAGAGUCCUCUUCUAGGCUUGUUACUGCCUAGUUUUGAUUACGUACAGUACAUACUGCAAUGUGAAGGGUAGACCUUGGUGAAGAGAAGAAAAGAGCCAGGUAUCAAAGUCAGGAUGAAAGAGAAUGGGGAGAUGUCAGCUAGGUGGCGGUAGUUAGCAACAUGGAGGGAGAGGGGAGAACCAUGUGUAAUGAAACAUUGUUCCAAAGAGAAGAACAAAUGAGGACUGUCUGGAAGCGGCAUGAGUGGAAGCCACGGCAAGGAGUGUGUGAGGAGAGGCACCAGGAGAGAGAACAGCUCAAAGGCAGUGCCAGAGAAGGAGCCAGGUUUCAGUGAGCCCCUAGCAAUGGAGAACAGAGGAGAUGGAGGACCUGGAUGCUAGAAAUGGGAUAAGCAUUCCAGAGGGAUCAGGAGAAAGGGAGGGACAAGGCUGGUAAAGAAAGGCAAGGGCUGGAGGGAGG